AUGGCACUCUCAAAAAUUAUUCUCACAAUAAUGCUAGCAACAAUAUUUGCAUCUGCCAUAGCUCAAUCCCCCGCACCAUCACCUUCCUCCACUCCAUCAACUCCCCCGGUCUCUUCGCCACCUCCAAUUGUUGCACCAACUUCUUCUCCUACCGCGUCACCCCCUUCGGAUUCUCCUUUAUCGUCUCCUCCAGCUCCACCUGCCGCGACUCCAUCCGCAACUCCACCGUCGGCUAUCUCCACCACUCCUAGCAAUGCACCUGCCGGAACUCCUGACAAUGCUGCUGGUCUCAACAGAGUCACCGUUGCUGGCUCCGGUGCAGUGGCAUUAUUCGCAGCCGUUGCAUUGUUGAUUUAA